AUGGGCCUUUCGCUGCGGGCACUGCCCUCCAAGCAGCCAUACAAGUCAUUGAUUUACCUCAUCGUUUGUACAAGCGUCUUCUUCGUCUUGUCGAGGUUGUAUUUGACUUCCAACGAGGAUUUGCUUACACUCGGCACCAUCCAAGACUCGCCAGAGACACACGAGCUAUGCGCUUCUCAUGGCUUCACUGCAUAUCCCGCGACAGCCGCGGGCUCCCGUCGGAAAAUUUACGACCUGACAAUGAUCAACACCGAACUCGAUUGGCUCGAAAUUCGUCUCGAUGCGUUAUACGACGAGGUUGACCUUUUCAUCAUCGUGGAAUCGCCAAAGACAUUCCACGGCCACUCGAAGCCUAUGAUAGCCAAGGACAACUGGGACCGCUUCGCCAAGUACCACAACAAGAUGCUCUACCACGAGCUGGAAUUCCCCAGCAGCUUCCAUCCCCACCAGACAUGGGAUUUCGAAUACCUGCAGCGUGAUGCCAGCUACGAGCAAGUCUUUCCCAAACUCACCGGCGACCGCGCCCCGCGUCUCGGCGACGUGCUCGUCGUCGCCGACGUGGACGAAAUACCACGACCCGACACGCUACGUACGCUGCGCGCCUGCAACUUCCCCCGACGCCUCACACUCUUCUCGCGCUUCUACUACUACUCGUUUCAGUUUCAGAGCAUCGGACCCGAGUGGCACCAUCCCCAGGCUACAUUCUAUGACGGCCAGCGGACGCUCACGCCCAACAACCUGCGCGCCGGUCGCGGUGGCAACUUCAUCUCGCGGUGGCGCGAGUCGGGCAAGUAUCCCAACUCGAGCUGGCACUGCAGCAGCUGCUUUGACUCGAUGGAACUUUUCCUGAAUAAAAUGGCGAGCUUCUCCCACAAGUGGAUGAAUGGCGCGGAAUACCGCGAUCCCGAACGCAUCGCCAACGCUGUGCGCGAGGGCGUCGAUAUCUGGGGCCGCAGGUCCAACAAGUUUGAGCGGAUCGAGAAUAACCAAGACUUGCCGGCGCUGGUGAGAGACGACCCGAGGUACGCCUACCUAAAAGAUCGCAGCGGCGAAUCGGCGGGUAUGAAGGACUAUCCGUGA